AUGAGGGGUUUUCCAAGGUAGCUGCUAAAUCAUGAGAUUUUAGUAGAAAAAAAAUUAACAACAUUGAAAUCAUCAGAUAGUAGAGUAGAACUCUAAAAUAUUUCUCAAGUAAUAUCAUAUAAUCAGAGUAAUUUUUGGAGCAAGCAUUAUUAAUAGAGUCCUGUGCAUUUUAGUUUUAUGGACACUAUCUAGAUGUAUAUAUUUGCAAAGUAUUACGAUUUACAUCAUUAGGUUUUAGAUUCUAUAAUCCAAAACCUCUCAUAAUUUGAGGUUGCUAUAAGUAAAGAAAGAUUCAACAACUCAAUUUUACAGGAAGAAGCAGUAGUAUGAAGCAUAACGUAAUAAUUAUUAUUUAUAAAAUAAGAAUGUGGGGUAGAAUGA